GUCAUUAAGCCAAGCCAUUUGAAAUUGUGCUGGCUUGUAGUUUGACACUGUCGAUUUUACGAUAGAAUAUUUAGAUUUUUUGUAUUAUCCCCUUGAAUUUUCCCGGUGAAGAAUGAGGCAGAAACAUCAAGUUGAUACAGCCAAAGUAAAAGCGAGGCAUGGAAAAACUUACAGACUAGGAUCAAAGGAUAAGACAAAAUUAUUUACUGGGUCACCAACAGUUCAAACCCCAAAGAAAAGUCUUGGAAAAAAGAAUUCCUUGAAUGGUAACAGACCAAAUAAGUCUAACCAUCCUGCCUUAGCCACGCCUAAGAAGACUAAGGCAGACAAAACUAAGUCAACACCCUCUAAAACAACCGAAAAAACUGAAGCAUCAAUACUCAAAACACCCAAAAGGUACAGGCCUGGGACAAAAGCGCUCAGAGAAAUAAGGAGGUACCAGAAAGGAACUGAACUCCUUCUUCAGAAAGCCCCAUUUCAACGCCUAGUUCGAGAAGUCACAGUUGAAUUAUCAGAUGAAACAUUGAGGUUCACUGCUGAUGCACUUGAAUGCUUACAAACUGCUGCAGAAGCUUACGUUGUCCAAUUGUUCGAGGAUUCGGUUCUAGCGAUGAUUCACGCCAAGAGAGUUACGCUUAUGGUUCGUGAUAUUCAAUUCAUCAGGCGCUUACGAGGAAUUUAACGAUUUACCUCAACAUAUUUUGGUUCCUCAUCAAACCCAAUUGUUUACAAUCGUUGUUCCGAAACCUGUCAAAAUUUUUUUGUGAAUGAUUUCAUUUUCGUAUACGUGCAACGUUUUAUUGCCGUUAUUUCUUUUUUUUUAAUAGCUAAAAACCGUAAAAUUGUAAUACAAGCACUAUUCAAACGAGAAA